AUGAGCAACAGCAGCAGCAAUGGCAAUGGCCAAGGCACAGCUAUACAUACAGUCAGUCAAGAUCUCUUAUCAGCUCCUUUCGAUUUCUCGGUGCUGAAAUCAGCCGACCAUGACGCAGAGGACUUCCACUAUUCCAACGGUAUCCAGGGCUCCGCCACUGAUGCUACUAGUAGUAGUAGUCCUACUAGCAACGGUAUUGCUAGUAGCGAACGACGUUGGGCCAUUAUUCUCUUCUCCUUGACGACCGUUCUCUUGUACGCAGAUCAAAACUUGAUGGCCCCAAACUUGACCGCCAUUGCCGUGGAAUUUGGGUUUGACGAUGACGAGAGAGACACCAAGUUGGGGGGGCACAUUGCCUUGGCCUUUUGGAUUCUGGGAGCUCCAGCUGCCCUUGGAGUGGGAAUUCUGGCAGAUCACCGCAAUCGGAGCACUCUAUUUGCCUUGGUCGUGACCGUUGGAGAAGGAGCCUGUUUCCUUACCUACUUUACAAAAACAUAUUGGGAACUCUACAUAUGCCGGGCCCUUACAGGAUUCUCGGUUGGAGGUGCUUUGCCUCUCAUUUAUUCCAUUCUGGGAGAUCUAUUUCCCUCCCAUGAACGACACAAGGUAAAUGCCUUUGUCAGCUUUGGAACUGGAGCAGGCAUAUCCGUCGGACAAAGCGUUGCUGGCUUCUUUGGGCCAACCUUUGGAUGGAGGUUGCCAUUCUUGAUCGUGUCCGUUCCGGCAUUGAUGUGUGGUGCCCUCGUGUUUCUCACGGUCAAGGAUCCCAAACGGGGCGGGAUGGAGCAAGCUGUAUUGGAACGACAGCACGGGCAGUCAGCAUUAGCUUGUACCGGUACCGAAGAAACAAAUGACAGCACCAACGCCAAUGGAGCUUCACAAAAGGAACUGGAAAUGCAACAACUCAAACCAGUCUCAUCAUCGCCAGCAGAAGCAGACGAAGACGACAACAAAGAGACUCCGCAAGUGCCGCCACGGACGAAUUUGGGAUUGAGACGCCGUUCACCCAGUCUGGAACGACGUCGGAGGAAAAAUCAUCCCAUGCGUGACGACCAAGCGGAUGACGAAAAGAACAACUCUCUUCGAGUCAUCACAUCGUCAGGAACUCUGUCCGAUCUAUACAGAAAGCAUAUGGAACCAACUCUUUCUGCAAUGAAAUUCCUCUGCCAGACGCCCACGGUCGUUUUGGCCAUGUUCCAAGGUGCUCCGGGAUGCCUCCCGUGGGGCAUUGUCAACACCUAUCUAAACGAUUUCCUAGCAGAAGACCGUGGAAUGAGUGUUGAGUUUGCAACAUUUACAGUUCUUUGGUUCGGGGCCGGAAAUUUCUUUGGAUUGGUCGUUGGUGGAGCUGGUGGACACUACCUGUAUCAGAUUGACAGGCGAUAUCCAGCAUUGCUCGCGGGAUCCAUGGCCAUCCUUGGUUGUGCUCCCUUUUGGGUCCUGCUGAAUGGGGUCAACAACAACAGUUCAACCAUCUUCAUCGGACUCGUGGCGCUAGUUGCAGGAGCCUCUGCGGGGGUCACGGGUCCCAUCAUCAAAGCCACGCUCCAAAAUGUAACACUACCCAACAUGAGAGGUCAGGCAUUUGCUCUCUACAACACAUUUGAUGAUUUCGGAAGAGGGCUUGGACCCGUCUUCUUGGCGUCAUUGAUUACAUCGGUGGGAAGAACCAAGGCGUUCAAUCUAGGGACCCUUGGUUGGGUCAUCUGCGGCAUACUCAAUUUGUUGAUAUUUUUCACUGCAGAACGAGAUGAACGCAAAGCGCAAGCAACUCUGGCUGCAUCCAUGGGGACAAUUGACGCGCUGGCAGAUGAUGUCUUGUGUUAG